CUCGUUGAACUUGGUUUGCGCCCCAUCAAUUUCGAUUGGAUGGUUCAGUCGCCAAGACUCCUAGCUCGGGUUUUGCUUCUGGUGGACCCCUCACAUCUUCUUUGGCUGCACUUACCACAGCAGCCCAUUCAGCGAGAGGAUGGAGAUGACUCCCUGGCAGUUGCGCUACGACACCUGAAGAGAUUUGAGCACCUGACAUCAUUGGGUAUGGGUGAACAAGUAAGACAUGAAUUAGAACUCAACGCAGUCAAAGAAGUCCUCACUCAUCUACCAAAGCUCAGAAGCAUUGUUUUCACCUACGUGCCCGAGGAAUUCGAGGAGCCACUUUUUUCCGCCUGUCCGCCGCAAUGCUCUAUGCAGGUGCUGUAUCCUAUGUGACCUAUGCAUUUUUAUAAAGUUAUUUUAUUUCCUGCUUCUUC